AUGGCCAAUAUAGGCGGUCCAAAAACGAGUAGGCGCCGCCUCCUAAUGUCGGUAAUGCACUCCAUUCUACUGUAUGGAGCCGAAGUUUGGGCAGAUGCUCUGAAAAUAGAAAAGUACCGGAAAAGAAUGGCGGGGGUACAGAGAAGAGGUGCGCAGAGGGUGGCUUGUGCUUAUCGCACAGUCUCGGAACCAGCUACAUUGGUGAUUGCAGGAGUCAUUCCCAUUGACCUGCUUGCAGCAGAACGCAAGGCCGUAUUCUUGAGAAAAGCCGAGCGACGUAAAUUUGUAGCCAAACAAGAAGCAAGGGCACAAACGAUGCAUGAGUGGCAGACAAGGUGCAGUGGAGAGACAAGAGGGAAAGUGGAGAAGCCAGACUGUGUGUACUGCGGAAACGACCGCGAUGACGCGUUCCACACCUUCUUUGAAUGUAGCAAGUGGAUAGAAGAAAGGCAAAAGCUGCAAAGCGAGGUCGGGUGUCUCACACCAGAGACAAUUAUCGAUAUGAUGCUCAGUAGCGAGGUUCACUGGGAAGUAAUAGCCAGUUAUGUAGAAACCGUUUUACGCCAGAAGAAAGUAGACGAAACGAAGUUAGAAGCCAGGGAAACUGCAAGAUGA